GGGCCGACGUCUCGCGGCGCUAUAUUAUGGCGCCCUGUCUUGCCGCCGGGCGUGGCCGAAGCUAAGCUCGCCCUCCCAAGAGAUCAGGGCCGCCCGAACGACUGACCCAGAGAGAAGAGGAAGAUAAUCUCCCCCGUCGCCUUGAUCUCUCACACCAACUCCUUUUGGACGCGAGCGCGGAUCGACCACACCCCGUCGCUCUAGUACCUAACUAGCCAAUAUCGCCCACGCCCGCCUGCCCGGCCGGCGACCACGAGCUGUUUGCUCGUGUGUUGGGAGCUAGCUAGCGAGGCACGUCGUAUACAAGGGCCGCCAUGGGGAGGGCGCCGUGCUGCGAGAAGGUGGGGCUGAAGCGGGGGAGGUGGACGGCGGAGGAGGACGACAUACUCGCAAACUACAUUGCCAAGCACGGCGAGGGCUCAUGGAGGUCUCUUCCCAAGAAUGCAGGGCUACUGAGGUGUGGCAAGAGCUGCAGGCUGCGGUGGAUCAACUACCUCAGAGACGGGGUGAGGAGAGGCAACAUCUCCAAGGAGGAGGACGACCUCAUCGUCAAACUUCAUGCCACCCUUGGCAACAGAUGGUCCCUGAUCGCCAGCCACCUACCAGGGCGAACAGACAACGAGAUAAAGAAUUACUGGAACUCGCAUCUCAGCCGGCAGAUCCACACCUUCCGGAGGAUCUACACCGCCGUCAGCGACACCGCCAUAACCGUCGACGUCAACAAGCUUUCCGCCGCCGGCAAGCGGCGCGGCGGCCGCACCCCUGGCCAGUCGCCAAGGAGCAGCACAAAGAAGAAGCCGGUGCCGGAGCCCAUCACCAAGGCGAAGGACGAAUCUAGCCCGGCCGGCGCUGCGUCAUCAGUGUCAAGCUCACCUCACAGCGACGAGGCUAGAAGCGCGGUGGUCGACCCGGACCAGAAUCAGCCCAACAACAGCAUCAGUGUCAGCCACACUUCUGAUGGGCCCUGCAGCGAGGAUGGGACGUGGCCCAUGGUCAUGGACCCUGUUGAUCAGACUGGUGUCCUCGAGGCGAACGGCACUGUGGAUCAGCAGAUGGGGCUCUGGGAAGUGAACAGCUCAAUGAAUCAGAUUGGGAUCAUGGAGGACGAGAGCGAGAUGCAGGCACUCCUGUCCAGCAGCGUUACAGCAGAGAAUGGGCUUGUUGGCAUCGAUCCUGGAGGCCUGUCACAGGUGGACGAUCUCUUGGACAUGGACUGGGAGGGGUUUGCAUCCCAUCUAUGGGACCAGCCAGCCCAGAAUGGCCUUCUACAGCCCGCUGAGCCGCAGGCGGCGAAGGGCUCCGAGUCGGACGAGCUGGAGUCGUUCGUCAGUUGGCUCCUCUCCGACGCGUGCUGAGAAGAUCCCAGAACGGCAGCGGCGAGCAGCCCCAGCCCAUUGCAAAGCAGGUGUCUUUUUCUUUUUCAGAAACAAUAGCAAAGCAGGUGUCGUGUGUGUGCAAGUUUUGGUAGCGUUUGCUAGCUUUCUUGUAAAUAUGUGUGGUCUUGUGCAUGUACUUUUCCUAUAUCAUAGCGUUGGUGGUAGAGUCGUAUAUGGCGUCUGAGCGUAGUGGGGAUCUGCUAGGUUUGCUGUGCAAUGCAUCCCGGUUGCUGUGGAAGCUCGCAUCAUUGCAGAAGCAGUGAAAUGAACCUUUGAGUUGAACUUGAA